GUCCACACCUCACGAAAAAUGGGUCACUUCGCCCGCCUUCCUUCUUAAUCAUUCUUUCCUCCAAUUGACUGCACACAUCCUCAUCUCUUUUUCUUUCUUUCGCUCACCCAACUCUCCCUCCUUGCUUUUCUCGCUCCUUCCCUUUUCCUCGCAGACAUAAACUCGUCUCAUAUAUACUUUUCGUUUCCUCAAUCUAAUAAGAAAACACACAUGGCCACCAAUUGCACCCGGCUCGCCACCAAGAAGGCAAUGGCUCGCACCCUUUCGUCCAAUUGCCGCUUCUAUCAGGGUGGACCACAUUCUCUCGCCCGACAGUCGUGUGGAUGCCACAUCUAUCUUCGCCAGAGGACACUCGCCUCACCCUCAAGAGCAUUCUUCUCCACAUGUGCAAAAUCAUUAAAGCCAACGACCAGCUCACCGAUGGCAGCACCUGCAGUCUCGUCCCCUCGCUCAGCACACUCAAUAGCUGCACAAAAGACAUCUGUGUCUAGCUCCAAUACUGCUCAUUCGGCUGUUGCAGCUGCAGCUGCAGCAGUAGCAUCAAAUCGCCCGCUGAACUCCCUGCCAUUCUCAUACGAUCCCACUGGACUCUCUGCACAGGCAGUCAAGAAGCCUUCUUGCGACAACAUCAACCUCAAGAACUCUUUCUACCGCCGCAAGCUACCUGAGCAUUUGGUCAGUUUUACGAGUCCCGAGGGGAAGCAACUCUUCAGGGAAAUGCUCGAAGAAGGCUAUGGCGAAGGAUACUUUUCCCUCGUGGGAAACUUUACAACACAGAGCGAACCAGCAUUCUGUGGACCUAGUUCAUUAGCAAUGGUGCUCAAUUCACUGGAGGUCGACCCGCAGCGGCAAUGGAAGGGCGCUUGGAGAUGGUAUAGCGACGAACUGCUCGAGUGCUGUGCACCAGUGGAUCAAGUUAAGGCCAAGGGAAUCACAUUCAAUCAGUUUGCGUGUCUGAGCAAGUGCCAUUGCGACGUUCAGGUGCGUCGAGCGAACCAAGUAUCGUUGGAACAGUUCAAGCAAGACUUGGAGAUGGUCUGCAGUCGAGAUGAUAUCCAUAUGGUAGUGUCGUUCUCAAGGAAGGCCCUGGGCCAGACUGGCGACGGUCACUUUAGUCCAAUCGGCGGAUAUGUGCCUAAGGCAGGAAUGGUACUGGUGCUAGACACGGCGAGAUUCAAGUAUCCUUCGUACUUUGUCUCGGUGGAGCGUCUAUACAAGUCUCUGUUCCCCAUCGAUGUCGAGACAGGUGCCUCGCGUGGCUACUUCCUUCUGUCCGCCAACCCCGAUCAGCCUGCCAUUUCGCUGUGCAAGAUUCCAAAGUCAUCUACUGCACCUAGCUCCUCAUCUUACACUACCGCCACCACUACCAGUCCGGCCUCGACAGCAGCAGCGAACCUGGACGCUGCCACGAAGGACCUUCAGAAACUGAAUAUCGAUACUGCGGCCGCGCCCUCAGCUCAGGAUAUCAUUCGCAAUGCCAGCAACACCUCAACACCCAUCCCCACCACUGCUGGACCAUACCCGACUACUACAACUACUACUGUUUCAGGUUGUACAUCCACAGUAGGCGCCACUAAUCCAGCGGCCAACACGAUCGACGCCAAGAUGAGUUGGACAUCGCUUGCACAGACGUUCUGCAAGGAUUUGCCCAGUCGCAUUCAGACCGAGAACCCACAGACUCUUGACCACAUGGUGUCUGUUGUCCUUCAGGGGGUUCCUCGUGAAUAUGCGUUCUGGAUCAGUCAGCAACAGGCGCAUCGUCUCCGGGAUACGAGCGAAUUGAUUGACUCUAUCAAAUCAACGGAGCUGUAUACCCUCGUCUCUUCAGCAUUCCCAGCACCGGUCACAGCUGACGGUCUCGAUUUGAAUUCGCAAGAGGCAAGGUUGGCAAGACAGCAGCACGAGGGAGCUCUGGUGUUUGGUACACUGUUCCUGAUGAGUUCUCCGAGCACGCUGUUCCUCACCUUGCCUGUUGAGGUAUCGAAACAAUUUGAGGAACUGCGAGGGGCGGCACUGGGCGACGAGGGACAGAAGCAUGGUCAGCAUCGUGUUCUCAAGGAGGAAGUGGAGAGGAUGCGCUCUGGGGUCGUCGAGCUCGUGAACAGCUUCUGUUGCUGUGGCACCAAGACCGUAGAUAUUGCUGAGAAGUGAAGUAGACCUAUGGAAUGAACUUCCUUUUGCCGCCUUACCUUUAGAUGUAGACUAGACUAUGCAGUGCUUUCCCAGAUAAGCUGCUGCUUGUAAUAAUGUACCCCCCAACCUAUCCUUCGCCCCAAAACAGCUAUGAUGUGUACAAGAGUCGACGUCGAACAAGAACAUGCUUUUACAGACAAAGUACCCCAGGACGUUGCCCAAUGCCUAAUUUUACUAAUUUGCUCUCUUUCUUUCUCUGCUUUCACUACAAAAUGUCCCCCUGUCAGCCUUUGCGCUGCUUCUCAGCAUAAACAAAAACAG